GUCCAAAGUUUGACGAAAUGCGAGACCCGGCGGUAUGCGGCUUGCAAGAUCUCAAAAAGUUUGCGGCCUCCAUUUUUUGAAUCCGAAUAGCUUUUUGAGAUCUUGCAAGCCGCAAACUAAUGGGUCCCGCCUUCGUCUCGAAAAAACGUCAUUUGCCACCCCGAACGAGCCUUUUUUUAUUUCGUCAAACUUUGGGCAGCCAUAACUUUGUGCUCCAAAAUCCGAAUGUCAUGCAUUUUUUUUUGAUUCCGCAUAACUUUUCAAGAUCUACAACUUUUAAUAUAAUCAUAAUUUCAAAAUGUACAUGGAUUUGUGAAAAGUAAAGGUAAAGUUAUUCCCAAGAUCCCGUAUAUCCACAAAUAGUUCAUGUUUUGAAAAUUUCAUCCUAAUAAAAGUUGUAGAUCUUGAAAAGUUAUGCAAAAUGAAAAAAAAAAUCGCUACAAUCGGAUACCCGAGUGCAAAGUUACGUUCGUUUGAAGUUUCGGCCGAAGUUAGGAGUUAGAUCGAAAAAAAAAAAUUUGGACCAAACCGCUGGGUGGGGUGGCGGUUUUGGGUCAAACCGCAACCCCACCCAGCGGUUUGGUCAAUUUUUUUUUUUAUAACCGCCCCCUAGGCCCGCGGUUUGCAUAGAAAACCGCGCCCCCGACAAACGGUUUUCGUGUAAACCGCUGGGUGGGGUGGCGGUUUUUGAAAAAGGGUGGUAUUUUUGGAAUUUUUUGGGAUUGGGUGGUAUUUUUGGAUUUUUUUUUUAAACAAUGGUACUUUUGGAUUUUUUACGUGGAAGAGAGUAUUUCUCUACUUCAACGCUAGUAAAAAAAGGGAAACCGCAGCAACUUGGAUUGUCCCCACCAAAAUUCAAUGCCUCUCUUACUUACUCAUCGGUGUUUGGAAAUUGGAACGGUGCAAUCAGAGAAUUUUUCAUAUUCAAAUCUAAACUGUUAGAAGUUUUUUCGGUAUGAAAUGAUUGACUCAGUACAAAAUAACCUACAAGUAAUUUUUUUUUUUUUUACAACCUCCGAUACAAACUUACAUUUCUUACUCACCGGUCACUUUCACAUCCCUGUCGAUCCCAUAUGAAGGUGAUGAAUUUACUGGAGUUGCAUUUUUCAGAAGGUUAAGAAGUAACGAGGUGAUGAAUUUACUGGAGUUGCAUUUUUUAGAAGGUGACGAAGUAACGAGGAAUCAAUUUAGGACAACCUGCCCCCAAACCCAAAUGAAGGAGGUGGUGCUGAAUCAGGUAGGAAAGGGGGGAGAAUCAAGAUUCAAGGGGGGGAUUAAUGAUGAUAAUCAAUAAUUGAUUAUUGACUGCCUUUGAUCACAUGAAGAAAAGUCCGGCCAGAAGGAAAAAGGGUUGGCUUUGCAGCAAGACGACACCCACGAUGAAAAGGCAAAAAAGCACACAGAAGAAAAGGGUGGUGGAGUAAACAAAAGUAGUGGUAUGGGUAAUGAAGUUGUCUCCCCUUUUGUUUCCUAUUUUCUUUCCAACACCAAAGAAUUAGGGUUUGGGGGUAAUAGUAUUGUUAUUGUACUGUGUGAAGCAAGGAACAGGGAUGCAGGGUUUCAGAGAAAAAAAAUGUAUCUCUCCUCUCUCUCUCUAACGGUAACGUUCUCUGAGCCUAACAACGGCUCCUUUUCCGUCCCCCUUGCUGGGACUGCUCCAGCUCGUGCAGAGAGCUUGCUGGUGAACAAUUCACCCAUCAAUCUGCUUCUCCACCCUUCUGCUACACAUAAAGAUGACAGAGAAACCAUAGAUCAAGAGGCAGAGAAGAUUCCCACAGUGACUAGACUACAAGUUGAAGCAAGUAAAGGUGAUAUAAAGAAGAGGGAGGUUUGGGAACCACCAGAUGACGGCAAUAAAGGAUCCCACAGCCACAAUAGAGAAGGGAGAAGUAAUGGGACAAGGGCAACAGCAACGACAAAAUCUCUGUGCUGUGACUACGCCAUCCUCCUCGAGCUAAAUGGUGGCAACAUUGAGCCAAGUGCUGCGGUACUGACAGGGGGAAAACAGGGGGAAGCUAGGCAGUGUCUUCAGAAGAAUAAUGAAAGGUUUGAUAAGAAAGGUAACUACCUCAUUCAAGAGGGAAGCGAGGCAAACAUCAGGGGAAACAGCUUUAAAGGGAGGCGGAAAAGGGGAAGAGAAGGUUGUGCUUACAUCUCCCAAACCUCUGCCCAUUCUCUCUGGUUCUUGCUUCUACCAAAACACACCCUUAGUGAAGGAAAACACUCUGUUUCUCAAACUACUCUGGUUCCUGUUUCUCAAACCAAACCUCUGUGCAUACCAAUGGAAUCCAUCAACAUCGAAGCUACCAGCAGCCAGAGGAGGGGGAGCAUGAUCCCGACGUCAUCUGGGAGCAGAGGAGGGCGCCUUGUUCUGUCCUCGACGGGUGGAAGAGGGUUGUCCAUGCUGCUGGGGAAGAUGCUGACAGAAAGCAGAGUAGCGAUGGCAAAGGCAGCAGGAGCGGCUCGAUACGCUUGGGGGAGCUACGGUGAGGUGAACAUCCAACCAACCGAAACCCAAAAUCUUUUCCUGUUUACCUUCAGUAGCGAGGAAAUCAGGGACAGGAUUUGGAGGGACAGACCUUGGAGCUUGUCCAACACACUGACGGCGAUUGAGAGGUAUAAUGGAAGGGGGAAGCCUGAAAAUGUCCCGAUUGAGAAGAUGGCUAUGUGGGUGCAGAUUCAUGGUUUGCACCAAAACCAGAGGAACGAGGAGAACAUGGUGGCAAUAGGGUCAAGCUACUUCCUGGAGCUGCUGGACAUUGACAGAGCAAGCCUGGAGUAUUCGGGUUAUAGGAGGUUUCUUCGCAUUCUGGUCGAGGUGGAUAUCAGGGAACCCAUCCCAACAGGCUUCGACUUCCCGUUUCUUGAUGAACAUUCAGGGGUGGAGCACUGCGAGGUAAUUGAUUUUAAAUAUGAGAGGUUGGUGGAGCUGUGCUAUUUCUGUGGCAGAAUUGGGCAUAACUGGCCUACUUGUAGAAGAAUGAAUGAGGAGAGGAAGAGAAGUGGAGUAGCAUACCUGUCCGACGUUUAUACUGCGUCCCUAAAGGCGGGAGUAGACUCGGGGAACAGGGGAGAAGGUAGAAUGAGGCAGAGGAGAAACGAUGCAGUGGAGGGUGGAAUGGCCGCGUCGAGGGGAGGAACAGAGGGGGGGAUUCCACAGAUUCCUCCUGGGUUCACGGUGCAAAGGGUGGGAGAAGGGCUAAUUGAAAGGGAGGAGAAUGGGAUGAUGGGAAGACAAAGGGGGAGAUACAGGGAAGGGAUGGGGGCAAGGGAUAUCUCCGUCGAUUUGGAGAGGGCGGCGGAAGAACUGGAAUGGGGGCUGAGUCUGGUCGAAGGAGGCGGAAAAUUGGCAGGAGAAGGAGAGGGCAGGGGAGUCGGGCUGGAACGCGGGGGGCAGGCCAGGGGGGUUGGGCUGGGCCCGGGUGAGCAGGAGAGGGCUGUCCAAACAGCUCUAACUCUAGGGCCAACGAUCCAGGCAAAUGAAGACCAGGCCCAGGGAGGAAACAAGGGUUUUGGAGCGGGCUUGUACCAACAUGCAGAGGGGGAACUGGAGGGAGAAGUGGGCCGGGUCAGGAAGAAAAGGAAAGGGACCAGCAGGCCUGAGUCUGCAGAGUCUUUUUAUUCGGAUGGGGCGAUUUACAUGAGAGGCCAAGAAGGAGAGAUCAGGAAAAAGAAAGGUCAAAAAGGAAAGAAGAUGGUACAAAGGGGGAAAAGAUCAGAGGAAGUGGGGGAGAAUCUGGAUGAUGAUGCAAGGGCAGCGGUGGUUCGCCAGAAGCCACCUCAGCCUAAAUGAGUAUUGUAAGUUGGAAUUGUAGGGGGUUUGGCCCUCCCCUUACAAGAAGUUAUGCGAAACGUCUCUGUAGACGUUUAGGCCCGUCUAUUGUUUUUCUUAUGGAAACUAGCAAGAACGAGGGUUUCAUGGAAGAACAAAGAAGAAGUCUCAAAAUUUUCCCCAAUAGAGAGUAUGUAGAACUGAUUAACUCUUCUAGGGGUUUUGCUUUAUGGUGGAAAGCGGGUAUUAAUAUAACUGUAUUAAGUAG